AUAUCCACCACUUAAUGUCUCUUUUUUCUGUUGAAUUAAACAAACAAAUCAUGGUAUGCGGAAAGCACAGGACCAGGUACUUGCUUCCGGUGUAAACAAUCAUGAAUGCUGAUGACACUAAUGUCCAACUGGGUGAGAAAAAUGACCAGUCACUUGAUCAUGUUGUUGAUGUUCCACAUGAAAUACAACUCUAUACCUGGGACUGUGGACUGGCCUGUGUAAAGAUGGUUCUAAAGCAUUACUCAGUAAACAUGGGCAAUUUUCUACAAGUCUGUAAAGAACUACAGUUUGGUGAAAGUGUCUGGACAAUAGACCUGGCAAACAUACUUGCUCUGUACAGGGUUGAGCACCACUUUUAUACUGUAACACUUGGGGUAGACAAGGGAUAUUCUGGAAAGGCUUUCUAUAGGGCAAAGUUCAGCAGUGAUGAAACCAGAGUGAAUAAUUUGUUUCAAGAUGCUCAGUAUAAAGGAAUACCAGUAAGCAAAGGAACCAUAGAUGCUGAUGCUAUACUCAACCACCUAACCCAGAAUAAAGUGUUAAUUGUGCUAACAGAUUGGAAUAUAUUGAAGUGUCUGCACUGUGAUAAAAGUUGCACACCUUCACUUCACUGCUUUGGAAGUUUAAUUAAAACAUAUCAGGGGCAUUUUAUAGUUGUGGUUGGUUUUAAUCUCAAACAGAAAUUGAUAUAUUACAAAAAUCCUGCAUAUGACAAAGAAAUGUGCUGCUGCACUAUGAAAAAUUUUGAAAAAGCACGGAAAAGUUAUGGGACUGAUGAAGAUAUCAUUUUUGUUUACGGACUUGAAAAUUCUGUCAGUUGAUAAAACUCAAGCCUUAUUAUUUGCUUUUUAUAUCUUUUAACAGGUGGUUUUUAUAAUGUAUUAUAUUCAGCUGUCGUUUGUCGACUUUUAAUUAGCCGUUUGUCGACGUAUAUUCUAACGUUUUCUCGACGGUUUUACAGCGAGUGGAAGUUUUUCAUUAUCUCUUGUCCCUGUUUCUAAGAAAGACCUUUAUUGGUACGCUCGCUCAUAUAUUUGGUCACUGCGCCCAUGUCCGAAAAACAUUUUUAUUUUUCGGGAAAAAAAAUGCGGUGAUUCAGAAUGAUCCGCUCCAGGGGAGUCAGAUUGCGACUCACUGGCGUAACUGCUAUUGAAAUCACUAUCACUGCUACUAGACUGACUGGAAUCCGAGCAUUCGGCGCUGGAACGCUCAGAGGACUGAGGACGAUUGGAUGAAACAUGUACCAUAUCGCCUGUUGUGCUUUUUGCUUUGUGUCUUUUUAAACCUACAUCUGCUGAUUUCAAACUUGGACAUAAUUUGUCCAUGCUCUACUUCAGACUAUAAUUAGUCCGAGUCUGCGACCAAGACUGGGAUUUUUUAGUAUUUUCCGCUUCCGAACAAAAAAAAAACAUGCCAUUUCUAUCACAUUUCCCUGUUUUGAGUAUCUGGAUUGCCAGAAAUCCCUCGUGGAACUGUUCAGCGCUUCGUCCCCGACCUGUUCCCCGACCGAUGGCGAUUUAAACAGUGUGAUUUUAAAGAUAGAUAAAUCUGCAAGCAAAAAUCCUCUGCGACUGCAAAAAUGUCCAGCUGAAAAAAAAAAACACGAGGAUGAUGCAUGUGACGUCAUGAUGACAGAGAAGUCGAAUAUCACAGAUUUCAUUUGACUGAUGUUAUUGAAUUUGCUAUAUUUUAAGCUGAAUAAGAGGCUAAUAUAAUUUUG